CCGCCCCGCCCACGGGAGGCGGGACUCGGGACGGUUUGAAAGGUCGGCGCGCCGAGCGGGGUGGCUCGGCUGCCGCUGAGAUGUCGGUGCUGAGGCCGCUGGACAAGCUGCCCGACCUGAACGGGGCCACCAUCUUGCUGGUGGGCAGGGAGGAUGCGCUCCUGCAGCGGCUGGCCGAGUCGAUGCUCAAAGACCACUGUGCAUCCGAGCUGAGGGUUCACUUGGCCAACUCGCUCCCUCUGCCCUCCAAUGUGAACCGGCCCCGAAUUGACCUGAUUGUGUUUGUGAUUAACCUGCAUAGCAAACACAGCCUCCGGAACGUGGAGGAGUGUCUGAACCAUGUGGACAGCAGCUUCUUCCUGGGGAAAGUCUGCUUCCUGGUCACAGGGGCUGGACAGGAAAGCCACUGCACCAUUCACCGGAACACAGUUAUAAAACUGGCCCACACCUACCGAAGCCCCUUGCUCUUCUGUGACUUAGAGGUGGAAAGCUUUCGAGCCGCCGCGGCACAGCGCCUGGUCCGCAUGCUGCAGAUCUGCGCUGGCCACGUGCCAGGGGUCUCAGCGCUGAACCUGCUGUCCUUGUUGAGGAGCUCCAGCGGCCCCGCGCCCAAGGAGCUGUGAGCACCGAGGAGCUGUGAGCAUGGCGGCGGCUGCCCUCCCUGCAUUUGGCUCCAGCUCCAGAAGCAGUCACUGUGGCUGAAGACCAGUCAGGGCCUGACAGGCCCCGGGAGGCAGCCUGCUGACUGCAGGGCUGAGCUCUGCUCCCCCAUGUGCUGGGCAGGAGUGGGGAGGGCGCCCAGCGCUCGAACCCCCAUGCUUCCCGGCUCACCACAGAGGCCCCCACCCCACAGAGGCCCCGUAUCUUCACCUGUCUGACGGGGUGCAUCCACCUAAGGUUUCUUUGGAACAAAGAGCCGUGGCUAAAAAAAAACCUAAAAAAUCUGUCUCACCCACCAUUUGACUUUGUAAAUGAGGAAACUGACUCAGUACAAUUAAGGGGGCAGAGCGCGGCUUCCAGGAGCCCAGGGAAAUGUCACGUGCUGGCCCAGCCUGGCUGUUGCUCCUGGGAAGCCGUUUUUCCUGGUGUAAAUGGAGACGGUUCUCCUCAUGUCACGUUGACAGGAUUGAAUGAACCGGCAGGUGACAUGCUGCCUUGAGACUGCA